AUGUUGCUGUCGGCAACGUCCGAUGCUGGCGCGUGCCAUGUGAUACAUUCAUGUGCUGAAGAGGAUAUCAGCUGGAAGACAAAGCUGCUCGCUGUGGCAGCAGGUAAAAUCGUGAACAUACUAUUGAUGUCUCAUGCAGCGAUUCCCAUAGCUGUGCUGAAUCUUUUCACCUGGCCCUUUGAUGCCAUGGGAAUGGGGGCGUCUGUGCGGCGUGAGCCCAAACCGGCUGCUCAGGAGUUGGCUCGCGAUCAGAGCGGUCAGGCAGACUCCGGGAUACAUCAACAGCCCGAUGAGCCUCCGGUCGCCGACAAGCCUGCCGCAGCCGAAGCAGAGAAGGAGACCGGAGUUCAGACGAGCACCGCUUCGCCGGCCCCGGAACCACAAGAGGUGGUACAGGUGGCACCGGAGCCCGCCGUCAGCGCAGAGCCGGCAGCUGGGGCAGGAGCCGCAGCCUCCAGUGCGCUGGCCAAAGCCGUGGAGGCAGAAAAUUGGGCCGAAGCAGAGCAGCUCCUCAACGAGAGGCCAGAGGAGUGCGAUGUGAAUGCGCGGACUGCCGACUGGAACUACAGCUUGCUGCGUGCCUCGGCAGAAGAGGGAGCCGAGAGUGUUUGCCGGCUCCUGCUUGCGAAGCAGGCUGAUGUGAAUGCCAGAGACCAGAACAACAUGACGCCCCUGAUGGGCUGCGUGGUGGGAGGUGACUUCAGUGGCAUUGUCUCGCUACUCCUGGAGGCACGUGCCGAUGCUGCGGCCGUCACCGAUGAUGGCUUCACUGCUCUGAAAUGGGCAACCCGGUUGAACCGGGAAGCCACCAUAGCAUUGCUGCGAGACGCUGGCAUGACCGGUGAAGACUCUGCCUUUGCCUAG